AUGACGCCGUCCGACGAAAGCCAACACAGCGACGUGACUGCUGGGACGGUAAGAGGUUACAAAGUUAGAAGGGCAGGUAACCCAUCGAGGGGAAACUCCUUGCGCCGAACGGCCAACCGAAUGGAGGAAGACCCACUAUUUAGUUACCCAAAAAAUUUCCAAUUGGAGGAUCCCAUUUUGCUUAACGGUGAGGAGGCAGAUAGUUGUCCUGAUGGCACUCUUACUCAAAUGAAAAAAAACGCGAACGAUGACGCGAGUAGCUAUGACUCCCUGGUGGAAGACUUUUUUGAAAAAGCCAUAAAAAAUGCAAAAAAAGUAAAAAAAAAACAAAACCAGGAGAGGGACAGCGCACCGAGUGAACGAAGCGGGCCGAAUGAGCGAAGCGGACCAAGUGCGGAGGAGGACAAUACACUCCAACGACAAAACCAACACGACCAAGUCGAGGAGAACAAAAAAGACCCACCCAAAAUGUCGAUUAAAAAAAAGGUAAUACAAUGGAAUAGCCAAAUGUUAAACAAAAAUCUCAACAAGCCACGAAUGCCUUUGGUGAGAAGGAAAAAAAAAAGUAUGAACAUGUUCAUAAAAAAAAAAAAAAAAAAUGAUGCCAAAGGGAAAAAUACCAAAAUAGCUAGCCAGGCCAAACACACCAACGAGUGGAAUAGUUACCAGAACGACUUGGACAAAUAUAAACUCACAAAUGAAGAACUGGAGCAGAAGAGAAACAGCUUGAAGUCCAAAAACUUAGACAAAGUGAAAGUCGAGUAUCAGCAAAGGCUUCAACGCAUGAGGACCGGGAAGAACAACGAGCCCUCGGCGCGUAAGUCCGCUCCCGCCACGGCAGCUACUACUACUGCCACGACUGCGGCGACCGAUGCAACCCCCAACGGGAUGGACACAAAGUUCAACGAAGAAAAGACACCUAACGAGUGUGACUCACGUGGGGAAGCAACACAACGAUGCGCCUCUCACAAACGGAGUAACAAAAAGGAUCACUCAAAAUUAAAAAAACAAACCAUUAAUGAUGAAAUGGAUAAAAGGGAUAAAAGGAUGAAGGAAAGGGGAGGACAUAGUUUGUCCGAUGUGAAUAACGACCAUCUGUGUAGCCCCCAUAGCGACACAGGCCCUUCCUGCAUGAACAGCAGUGAAGGAAAGUACCCCUUGUCAGACCUAAUCCACAAUGAUGGUUUCUCGUCAGGUGGGCAACACAAUGAAGGGGGCAAGCAGCACAACAGGAGAGUGAUGCAACAGAAAGGUAGACACCCCCCUAACCACAAGUAUCACAUUGGUGUACCUAAACGAAUGUACAAACGUACGCAUGUGGACAAAUGGAGUGCCUUAAAUGAGCCACAUAGAUCGAGUCAAUUUGAACAGAACCCAACCUGUCGUGGACGAGCUUACUUUGGUAGUAGCGGCGAGGGUAGCAGUCUGCUAAGUGUACUCUCCAGUGAGUGUGAAUGGGAGCGGGAGCGAGAGCUUGGCGUUGUCUCCUCUCCUGCUAUGAGGCGUAAAGGGAAAAUGGCCGCACAGAAAGGUACACACAAGCGGAGGGACAAAUGCUAUGCUAACCACGUAACGGAGUCCCCCUCCUCGUGGGCAAAAACGAACAGAAGAGCCUUGGACCAUUUUUACUCACAUGACAACCGCAGUGACAGGGGUCGCAUGACAAUCUCGACCGACAGGUCAGCAUCCACAACAGGAGAGAGUACCAUGGAAUAUUUUGCACAAGAGUUGAAGAAAAGGAAUGAAGUGCUUUCACCCAUUAUGGACAGGCUUAACAUCAGGACGGACCCCCUGGAGGAGGACCUUAGCGCCCCUGUGGCCAGGCAGGAAUUCAGAGAAAAAAAAUUUUACCCCGAGUUAGGAAUUAAGUUGUUCGCUGAGGAGGGUUUUAACGCAGCGCACUCCAACAGGUCCCACUCCAACACGUCUCACUCUAACAGGUCCCCCUCUGACAGCUCCCCCUCCAGUGGUGUCUCCUGCGCGAGUACUGCCCAGGUCGAUCACUUGUGGGACUCCGAUUACACAGAACAAAUACAAACACUAAGAAGGUGCAACCCUCAGAUGGACCAAGACAUACUAAGGCUCAAAAGAGUCACACUAGAAACAUUCAACUGUAUUAAAAAGAUGGUGCAGUCGGUGAGGACGUUCAGUUGUGAAGGGGACGUGGAGGAAGCGUCGUCACGACGAGAGAAGGUAUCACCUCGUGGAGCGCAUCAGAUGAUGGAAGGAACGAGACAAAAAUGUUCAAUCGAGGGGAAUGGAGACAACCCACUGAUGGAGCUCCUCUUUAGCGACAACGAGCGCGUGUAUGCAGAUGCGCAGCCGUGGCGAAGACAACAGGUAGCCUACACAAAUGAAGAACAAGAGGAACAUUAUGAAGAGCCCAAAUCAAGCCACAGUGCAUAUAAUAAUUACAUAUACCUAGGUCACCACCACGAAGAGCAUGAUACGUCCAUGUCAGCCCCUCUGAGCGAUCCUCAAAUGGAAAUGGCGCUCCAUAAGGAGGAGGACCAUCUGCGGGGAGAUCUGCAAGCCAGCGGUUAUCCACAUCUAGAUGCCCCACUUGAGACAAACAUAAGUGACCACCCAGAUUACAGUAACAACGUUUUAAAUUGCCAUUUUGUUCAUAAUUUUGCCACAGGCAAUUCGAAUUUGCGUGAAAGCUUCUCCAGGUUGGACCUGACCGGGAGUGACUUGCGCAAUGGGGGUGGCCUUGGCGACGAGGCGGCAAUUGCUCCCCAGGGAAGCAGUCCGCGCGGUUGGGAGGCUCAUCAGGUGGGCAGGCCCACCGGGGAUGUAAUCUCCGCUAAUGUGACCUCCAACCAUAUACACGGCGGGGAGAAGCUGAAGAGGCCAGACUCUGCCACCCGUGCUGCCAAAAAGGGGGCCCCCACAAGACUGCGUACAGACGCAAAGCAGUGCAAAAGUACCCCCAACGCAGAAUCAAUUUCAAGUACAUCCAAGGGGUGUAAGCAAGGCACCUUCAAGAUGAAAGUUCACUCCGGAGUGGACACUACAAAUGCGAGUCGUCAGGCGGCCCAUAAUAGUACACGCAAGGGAAAAAAUACGUUUAAUGAAACAAGGACAGUGUUGAGGGGUAAAGUGAAAGGCCAAGGGGGAGUCGCGGCAAAAGGUGCGAAGUUGGCACCGCGCAGGAAGGUCAGCAGUGUGGUGCAUGCUGUGGGCAGCACGACGAACGGUGCAGAGAAGGACGUAACGGACAGCACAACUGCCGACGCACGAGAGCAGCGAACAAUCAACCAGAAAAUUCUAAACACCUCCAUCAACUUGGAUGAUACGCAAAAUUUGAGUGACGAAGAUCAAUUCAUAUUUGAGACUUACCUGAAUGAGGCGGUCGACAAACGGGAGGACAACUUGGAGGACAUCAUUCGGAACCAGGUCGCACUGUUCGAGCGUGACUUCCUAUGA